CCAGAAGGAACUGUCACAGGCAGGUUCUGCACCAGGGGAAUACAGCCUUGCUUGCUUACUCGCAGGAAAUUCAACGGCAAUCGCCACAGACUUAAGAAAAUCAACAUUUACCAGAACCGAGGGACUCUUCCUCCCGAGGACAGCCUGGCGAGCGGCCGAGCAGGAGCCCCUUUCCUUCCAGCCGCCGCAUUUUCCAGGCAGAGCGGAACAUCUGAACUCUACACCACCGAACUCCCAGCGGGGACACCGGCCGGGGGCAACAUUCGAGUGAGGGAGAUGUUUGAUUUCCUGUUUAAGUUCUUGGUCAUAGGAAAUGCUGGAACUGGAAAAUCCUGUUUGCUACAUCAAUUUAUUGAAAAGAAAUUCAAGGAAGACUCAAAUCAUACUAUAGGAGUGGAAUUUGGUUCAAAGAUCAUAAAUGUUGGUGGUAAAUAUGUAAAAUUGCAGAUAUGGGAUACAGCAGGACAAGAGAGAUUCAGGUCUGUAACAAGGAGUUACUACAGAGGUGCUGCAGGUGCUUUGCUUGUCUAUGAUAUAACCAGCCGGGAAACCUACAAUGCACUGACUAAUUGGUUGACAGAUGCAAGAAUGUUAGCAAGUCAAAAUAUUGUGAUAAUACUGUGUGGAAACAAAAAGGAUCUGGAUGCAGAUCGUGAGGUGACGUUUUUAGAAGCAUCUCGGUUUGCACAAGAAAAUGAGCUCAUGUUCUUGGAAACAAGUGCACUAACAGGGGAAAAUGUUGAAGAGGCCUUUGUACAGUGUGCAAGGAAAAUACUGAAUAAAAUUGAAUCAGGAGAACUGGACCCAGAGAGGAUGGGCUCAGGUAUUCAGUAUGGAGAUGCUGCCUUGAGACAGCUGAGAUCACCACGAAGAGCACAAGCACAAAGUGCUCAGGAAUGUGGGUGUUAAAAAAACAAAGCAUCAUUUCCCAGAUAUUCACUUUAAAUACAGAAGCUGUCCCUGCAAAUGGCAUUUGAAGAAACAGACAAAGCCUGAAGGCUAUGCAGUUUUUUUUAAAGAAAAAAAAAUCAACUUCUGACUCUGUACAAACAGAGCAGCCCACUGGUGACAGGCAGGUGAACUGUGUGGUGUGGGGCAGGAGUGUUCAUGUGUCACAGGAGCCUGCAAAGCUUGCUUGGUGGACAGUAUUAAGACUCAUACUUCUAUGUAAAUGUUUUCCAGUCCCUGUUUUUGUUCUUUCACCUCUAGUUUAAAGCAUUGCCAUAUCCUGUAAAUACUGUCAACAGUAAAUUUACAAAGCAUGGUAUACUUCUGUAUGCUGAUAGAAUGUUGCACUACAAGCAGUUUAAUAUUUUAUUUUUUUAUCAUAUAAACAAAUAAUCUACUCUGCUGUCUUGAGUUUCCCACCUGGAGUACUGUGUCCAGUUUUGGGGUCCCCAGCACAGGAAAGACAUGGAAUUGUUGGAGUGAGUCCAGAGGGAGGGCCAAGAAGAUGGAUCAGAGGGCUGGAGCACCUCUCCUACAAGGACAGGCUGAGAGUUGGGGUUGUUCAGCCUGGAGAAGGCUCCAGGGAGACCUUAGAGCACCUGCCAGGACCUGAAGGGGCUCCAGGAAAGCUGGGGAGGGACUUUAUACAAGGGCACAGAGUGAUUGGAGUGAUAGGACAAGGGGGAAUGGUUUUAAGCAAAAAGAUUGGAGAUUUAGGUCAGACAUUGGGAAGAAAUUCUUCAUUAUGAGGGUGAUGAGAGACUGGCCCAGGUUGUGGGUGCCCCAUCCCUAGAAGUUCUCAAGGCCAGGCUGGAUGGGGCUUGGAGCAACCUGGGCUGGUGGGAGGGGGGGAUUGGAACUGGGUAAGUUUUAAUGUUCUUUCCAUCCCAAACCAUUCUAUGAUUCUGUGAAAUUUAACUGAGGAAGGCUUUGUCCUGUUUGGUUGUUGCACAAAAGUAGUUCCUAUUUAUGACCUGAAUUCUAAAACCACUGGCACUCUGGUUUUUAUUUUUUCCUACUUUGUUUGCCACACUCCAACAAGAUGUUGCCAUGACUAAUCCUCAGCAUAGGGUUAGGACCCAUACUUACCUUUAGUAAUCUGCCAGGUUGGAAGAGUAAUUUUUAUUGAUAUUGACAUAUCCUAUUUUGUCACAGUUCUUAAAUAACUUGAAGCUUUUCUGAGUCUCUGAAAUGGCUGUCAACUGA